CUUCGCAACGCCAUCGUCUCACCCACCGUCGCACCGCCACCGAAGUCUGCUGCCUCCGGUGCUUUGUCCUUGGCCUCGGCCGACGAAUGUAGCAGUCAAUGUCGCGCAUCUCUCCCAUCGUCCUUCUCGGUCUUCCCCACCCCCAAAUCCUAAACCCUAGGUUGUCGCAGGCGGCCUGCCAUCGAAGCUUCUUAGGAAAGCCAACUUUCCCCUCACGACCUAUCUCGCACUCCUCUAUUUUUCCCCCAAAUCCAGAACCCUAGGUCGUUUGUCGCCACCGCCACCGCCUCCACCGGUAGUCACCUCCCUUGCACUGAAAUACUCCGAUUUUGAUGGCGGCGGCCCUCUCUCUCGUAGAUAAUAUGCACAAAUUGGGCACAACUUUAUCUUUCUAGGGUUCUAAAUCGCACCGGUAACGACAGUUCUCUCCCUAUCUCUCUCCACUCUCCAACUUCAGUAUUGAAUUCGCAGGGGGGAUUGUGAAUUCUUGAUUGCUCCGGGUCCGAAUUGUUAUGACAGAUUUCUUAGGUGGUAAGCAUUGCUUAAUUGAAGAUUAGGCAUGGCGGAUGCUCACAAUGAAAUCAUGUCUUGUAUUCCUGUGCUCUAAGACCUAAAUAAAUGCAAAACCUGCAUGCUCAUUUGUUAUACCAGCAACAAAUUCCCUACCGUUAGUCUCCCUCUCUCUUUAAUCAUCUGCUGCGUGGAUGCCCGAGCUUCGUCGUUUCGCUCCCAAUGUUCCAAUCGUGCUAGUUGGAACAAAGUUAGAUAAGAUUGUUGAUGAGAAUUUCCUUUUGCGGACAUUUGGAAGAUUCGGUCCUAUUGCCAGUGUAAACAUCAUGUGGCCGAGGACAGAAGAAGAACGGAGACGGCAAAGGAAUUGUGGAUUUGUGGCUUUCAUGAAUAGAGCUGAUGCUCAAGCUGCAAAGGAUGAAAUGCAAGGGGGCAACUGUCAUUUUAUCCGGUCCUUCUGGUCCCCCAGUAACUGCUGUUCCAAGCCAAAACUCAGAAUUGGUAUGCCUCUGGGACUACUUCAAUAAGAAGAAGCAAACUAUAUUAAUUCCAUGGAGAAGAUGGUGCUAUUCUUGUCCCUGGUGGUGUAGUUAGUAUAAAAUUGGGCGAUAUGAAGAACCUAGUGCUUAUAUGGUGGGAGAAUUGUUAGACAUAAAUGUAUGUGAUAUUUAUGAAUAUUUGGAUGACAAUGUAUGAAUAUUUUGGAUGUUA